UUUUAAUGUUUGCACAAUGCAACGGUAUGAUCACUUUUACCACAAACCUAAUAAUUUUCUCAAAUGUACUUUUUUGCAUCAUUCCUUAGUUCAUGAUUCAUAGUUUUUCUUCUUGAAUUUUUGCUUAUAGCCAUCCCAACAAAACAUUAUACAACGGCAUCCCAACAAAACAUUAAUACAAAGUGUAUUCAAGAUCAUCAAGUAUAUAUCUAAAACAUAGAAAGUCUUAUCGAUACUUCCUUCUUACCUAAAGUUUUAGGAGUAACCACUUCUCGUAGGUAAUGACACUCGUACUUAAUAAUGUGAGCAACAUCCAAUUAAGUGAGAUAACUAAUCAUAUUUUGAAGCUUUUUUCGUUAUGUUUGACAAUAAUUGAUUUGAGAUCAUAGUUUAUACGACAAUUAUUAUUGUAAACAAAAUAAAUAAAAUCGUUAAAAAGCAUAACUAAAAUAUGGACUAGUAAUUUUUUCGUAUAACAAAAAAAAACUAAAAAAGAAAACAAAACAAAAGAACAUUGAUUUUGGCCUAAGCAUAAAAUUUAGUUAAAAGCGGGUUUAGAAGUAUUCAUCGGAUAGAAGAAGAAGAAGAAAAAGAAGAAAAAACUCCAACGAUUCCAUAAUUCAGAAACCAGACGAUCGGUCAAUUCCGCGCUCAAUUCUUUCUCAAGAUCUCCAUCUCUCUCUGUGAUUCGAUCAAUUCGAUCGUUGCAGUGUGGAGAUGCGGUUCUUCAGGAAGAUUGCAGGAAUUCUAGGGUUUUCCAAAGACGAUUCUCACGAUGUCAAGAACGAAGAUGACGAUGUUGAUUCCGAUACUCAUGCUCCUGAUCCCGUCCAUAUGCAGGCCACUGGUCUUCCUCGUAGGGGCUUCAGCGUCCCAGUUCAAGUCGCCGUCAAUCGCUCCAACCCCGGCCCUAUUCUUCUUCCCUCUAGUUCCGGCGAUGGUGGAGUUCAGGGUUUGACAUGGUAUGCAAAGGGUCUUCGAAUUGAUGAAGAUGGAGAUGUAGCCGAACAGUUCCUGGAGGAGGUAAUACCCGAGGUGCAAACCAGUACUACAGACCAUCCGAAACCAUUUCCACGAUUUCAGAUAAAUAAUAGAAAUAGACCAGCUAAAGUAGAGAACCAGGUUAUAUUGAAGGAAGGCAAACUUCAACAAUGUAUUGAACAUCAAGGUAGAUUGUUAUUGGUAUGAAGAAGACAAAUGAAAAAAAAACCCCGAGAAAUGAUUCCUUCAGCCAUUGGUGUCCAGGUUCAUUCUUUUUAGUUUAUUUGCCCAUGAUGGUCAAUUUAUGAGGAUAAUCUGUCUCAUUUUGAUGACAAAAAAGAAGAAAAACAUGGCUUAAAGUACAGUUUGCAUAAACUUUAUUAAGGGGUUUAAUUUGUACUACUCUGAUCAUUCUGAACAUAUGUUGUGAAAAGCCCUACAGGUGGAGAUAAAGAAGAAUACAGAAAUGGGCACUAACACACUAACUUAUUUGAAUCUGCAACUUCAAGGUGUUGUUUAAUCUCUCUCUUUCUCUGUUUUUAGUUCUUUAAUUGUCAUAAGGUUGCAUUUUAUGGAGAGUCCUUUAUGUAUUAGUUAGUUGUAUAAGUUUGAGUGAUUGAUAUUUUUUUAGUAUAGCCAGAGCUUAAGGUGGUGAAGUGUGUAUCUAUGGAUGUGAAAAUAAACUUAAGAUGCACCAGAAUAUUUACGUUGUGUGUUCGAACAAUUCGAAGUUAAUUAUUUGAUUCCACUUUUGAUUUUA